GUUGAAUCCCGGCCGGCAUCGCGAACGGUAGCUCUCCAAAUCGCUCCAGGAAUACCUGAUUCGGAUAACGUUUAGCUAGUUGAUCUUAAUAGUUGAGACAUUAAAGUAUAAAGAAUAGUGCUUGACGGGAUAUAACUUUAUAGUUCAAAAUUCCUCGCCACCAUAGACAUCGACCAAAAAAGACGAAGUUUGUAUCAUAAAUUAAAAUUCCCGUCGCAAAUUGCCUCGAAAUUCAAUUUCUCGCUAAUCUAGCAGAGCCAGUGAAAGUUGAAAUUUGCGUGCAUCACAGUUCAAGUGGUUCCAGCACCCAUAUUAGAAAUAUCCACGAAUUGAAUCUCGUUUGAUCCGGAUCUACCGAAGUGGAUUUCAAGUGGUUGGAGGUGCCGGCAGCAGUUGCUUGCGUAUGAUUGAGUAGUGGAAACAUGGAAAAGGAUGUUCUGGCAAUCAGAAGGCAGGCCGGCAAAAAGUGUGUAUCCGAAAUUUCCAGUGAAAAGCGCAUUCCCACCGUUAGCUGUCGUAUGUAUCAACACGGAUCAUUGCAUGGAAUGGCAAAGUGAUUCUCUUUAAUUUGGCCGUUUGAAGAUUGGACUUCAAUGGAGUAGUGGUUUUUGUGCAGUGCAGAAAGUUGGCAGAUGAAUGCCGAAGAAUGAAAUGAAAAACUAAUCUGAUUGAUUCUGAUUCAGAAAGUGGUUUGCUGUUGUGGGAAUUGCAGUGCAGAUCACUUUGGUUCAGUACAUCGAGAAGAAUCAACGAACCUGCAGUUCGACUAGAGAGUGGAUUAUCUGUUAGUGUUAUUUAAAUUAAGAGCAGAUAAGGAAUACCAAAUUAUCUACAAGAAUGCGAGCUGUAGACGGAAUCGCCUUCCAUUAUGCAAACAACAAUACACUGAACGGCAGCGAUGUGGAAAUAGUCAAAGAGCAGGAUGCACUCUACGAUGUUCCGGUGGGGUUGGUCGUGCUCCUUUCGAUUUUCUACGGAACAAUCAGUAUUAUAGCUGUGAUAGGCAAUUCGCUUGUGAUAUGGAUUGUCCUGACGACCAAGCAGAUGCAAACCAUCACGAACAUGUUCAUUGCGAACCUGGCCUUGGCCGAUGUCACCAUAGCAGUGUUUGCGAUACCCUUCCAGUUCCAGGCUGCGGUCCUGCAACGGUGGAAUCUGCCGGAGUUCAUGUGCCCUUUCUGUCCGUUUGUGCAGCUGCUGAGCGUCAACGUGUCGGUUUUUACUUUGACGGCCAUAGCCGUUGAUCGACACCGGGCCAUCAUCAAUCCGCUCAGGGCACGUGCUUCGAAAAAUAUUUCCAAAUUUGUCAUCAGUGCCAUCUGGAUGAUGUCGUUCGCACUGGCCGCUCCAACUCUGUUUGCCCUGCGUGUGGUUCCCGUGUCAAUCGUUAGCCUGGGCGAAACCAAUGAAACCUACAUCAAUAUGACGAAACCAUUUUGCCAGGUGGUCAAUUUUGAAGAGUCGGAGAUGCUACUGUAUCGAUACAUCCUGACGUUGGUUCAGUACUUCGUUCCACUUUGUGUCAUCAGUUUCGUGUACAUUCAGAUGGCACUCAGACUGUGGGGCUCGAAAACUCCCGGAAACGCACAGGACUCGCGUGAUAUGACAAUGCUGAAAAACAAGAAGAAGGUCAUCAAAAUGUUGAUCAUCGUAGUGGCCCUGUUCGGGAUCUGCUGGUUCCCGUUGCAGCUGUACAACAUUCUACAUGUUACCUGGUCUGAAGUGAACGAGUAUCGUUACAUUAACAUCAUUUGGUUUGUCUGUGAUUGGUUGGCUAUGAGCAACAGCUGCUACAACCCGUUUAUAUAUGGGAUCUACAAUGAAAAGUUCAAACGAGAAUUCCACAAGCGAUAUCCGUUCCGUGGGCGUAAUCAGAGCUACCACCAGGAGCAGUUGACUGAUAAAACACUCUCGAUGUUCACCCGUGUCAGCUCGAUCCGGUCCAAUUACGCGACUUCAUCGAUACGCAACAAGCUCUACACGGGACCGAUUGGAGGUGGCAGUGGGAAUGGAGGCACCCAUGUCGGAAGUGGAUACAGUAGCAAUGCGUUCUAUCAAAACCAAAAUUCCCACCAUCAGCAAUCGUACAAAUCUCCUAACACAAAUAGUGUCGCUGGUUAUCAACGAAACAGCACAACUGAUAGGAACAGUAGCAGAAAAACAGCUGCCGGUGCCCCGUGGGAUCCCAAGUGUUGUCCAUGUCGGCAAAACUCUACCCGGACUUCCACUGCUGCUGCUUCUGCAUGCCCUUAUCGGAUGCCAUUACCUGCAGUGGCCAGCGAUGGGGACAGCGGAAGUGAAGGAGGUCCAUGUAACAGUGCUGGUGGUGGACAAAGUCCAAUGAUAAACAACGAUGAAAGACAACUUCUCGGUGCAGAUGAUAAUUAUGGAAGCGCCGCACAGAAACUGGAGGUUAUUUCCUUGGACCAUCCACAUCCGGAUAGCGCAGAUGACGAGACCGGUGUGGCGGAAACGCUACAUUCUCGCACUGCUAAUGGACAGGAACAGGAUGAGAGGUUACAGCUAACCUCAUUUAUUUCUUCCGGCAAUGGACGACACGAACGGUUUCAUCUGCACAUUAACAACUUGUAGAAUUUGAACCAAUUUUACAAUUAAGUCCGAUGUGUUAAUGUUGGUGUGACGAUUGUUGCGUUUGGAAAUAUUGCCGCUGAAUUGUGACGCGAGCGUCUUCUAUGUAGUUAAUGAGAAAAUCUUCUUUAUGUGAUGUGUAACGAUGUCAUCGAAAUAAGGAGUGAUGCAAACCAGACUCGAAUUACCUAUUUAUUGAAGUUUUAUUCAAUUUCCGUAUUGUAACAGAGCCAAAGAGCGCAGAAUAUAGGGAAGUAAAAUAUAACUGUAUUAUAUUGAAAA